CACAUGGCCUUCAAAGAUUAAGCCUUCAACGAGCCCAUUGUGGACUGCAGAUAAAGUGCGCUCUUGACCCCGAUUGGUUGUUCUCUCCACAGUCGAGGCAUGAAACAGAAGCAUAAAAUAUUUUCUAUGGGACGUAGUGGACAAAAGAGGCAUGCAGGCUCAAAUUGUGAGUCAAACUGGAGCGCUCUACAAGAUCACUGUCCAACUUUGCCUCUCUCUGGAGUUGGAAAGCCAUGAAGAUGCUUGAUAAGGAGGAUAUGCUUGUCUGCUGUGUUUCCAGAUGUGGAUUGAUGGACUUGUAGUAGAUCCCAAACUUUGACCCUCCAGCUAUUUAGUACUCCAACUUUCAUUGGAAAUGGUGAGAAGGAACUGAAGUCCAAAACUUGGGGAAACUUCAAGUUCGGAAUCAACGGAUCACAAACAAUUACCACCAUCCAUUCAGGAGGAUCUGCUUUUGGAACUUAAUUAUUCCACGUGUCCUCGGAUGGAACCCAGCUGAAAAUACACAGAAGACCAGAGCAGGAUUGGAAAGAUGUGUUGCAUGUCCCAUAUACCGUUAGGAUGGAUAUGCUCCGCUCAUUUGAGCCACAUGGAUACCUGCCCAUGGUUUGAAAAUGUGCAUUUUUUCUUGUCUCUGCCGUGGAGCAUUACUACAUUCUAAAGAUAUUUUGGUGCCUACUAUUCUCCAUGUCCAAGGCCACAUGGCUGUUGAAAGGCUCCUUUGUGAGAUGGUUUCCAUGGAAGAUGAUGACGGGUUGGCCAACUCAAUUGUUAUAAAUGAUUAGCCCCUAUGACCAACAUGAGCUGGAGCUUCCUAACCCGCCUACUAGAAGAAAUUCACAACCACUCCACGUUUGUGGGGAAGAUCUGGCUGACCGUCCUGAUCGUCUUCCGCAUCGUCCUGACGGCCGUCGGGGGCGAGUCCAUCUAUUCGGACGAACAGAGCAAGUUCACUUGCAACACCAAGCAGCCCGGUUGUGACAACGUCUGCUAUGACGCCUUUGCGCCGCUCUCCCAUGUCCGGUUCUGGGUCUUCCAGAUCAUCAUGAUCUCCACGCCGUCGGUCAUCUACUUGGGCUACGCCAUCCACAGGAUCGCCAGGUCCUCAGAAGAGGAGAAGAAAAGGUUCCGGGGCUUCAAGCGGAAGAAGCAGUUUGCGCUCAACUGGCAAGCCGUCCGCAACCUGGAAGACCCCUUGGGAGCUGAAGAGGAGGAGCCCAUGAUCGCCGAUGAGAUUGUGGAGAUGGAAGAGAAAGCCAAAGCCAAGGAGGAGAGGAAGGAGCAGAAGAAGCACGACGGCAGGAGACAUAUCCAGGAGGAGGGCCUGAUGAAGAUCUACGUCUUCCAGCUCCUCACCCGAGCCUCGUUCGAAGUGGCCUUCUUGAUCGGGCAGUACAUGCUUUACGGCUUCGAAGUCACACCGUAUUACCUUUGCACCCGAGAGCCUUGCCCUCACGAUGUCGACUGCUUUGUGUCCCGGCCGACGGAGAAGACCAUCUUCCUUCUGGUGAUGUACGUCGUCAGCUGCCUUUGCUUGCUCCUCAACCUGGCCGAGAUGUGCCACUUGGGCAUCGGCACUAUCCGGGACGCCAUCCGAGAGCGGAAGAUCCACAGUUUCCGGCAACCGCCCUACAACUAUGCCGCCUACCCCAAGAACAUCUCCUGCCCGCCGGAGUACAAUCUGGUGGUGAAAUCGGACAAGCAGGGCAAGGUGCCCAACAGCUUGAUGGCCCACGAGCAGAACUUGGCCAACGUCGCUCAGGAGCAGCAGUGCACCAGCCCUGAUGAGAACAUUCCCCCAGAUUUGUCCACGCUCCAUAAACACUUGCGGGUGGCUCAAGAGCAGCUGGACAUUGCCUUCCAGAGCUACAAUGGGACUCAGGGGAAUGGGCAGCCCUCGAGGACCAGCAGUCCUGCAUCCGGCGGGACAAUGGCAGAGCAGAACAGGGCCAACACAGCCCAGGAGAAACAAGGGGCCAAGCCUAAAGCUGGUUCGGAGAGAGGUAGUUCCAACGGCAAAGAUGGGAAAAACUCUGUCUGGAUAUAAUAAACUUGAUAUAGGCAAAGCAGGAGCUGGAGCUGUCUUGUCGCUGGAACAGGAUUCCUUCCAGAGAGCUUUGGGUUGCUUUCGAAGGUCGAAACGUCUACCCAAUGUUUGCCAGCAAUGUGUUGGAGCAAUGCUCCCUGGUUGGUUCAGGAAAGGCCUCUCCCUACAUCCACAUUCUGCUCCCGGGUGCACAGAGCUCAGCGUCUGGACACGAGGGGACUUGUUGGUCAUUUUGUGCUAACUCCAAAAGGUUAACUCCUUAAGGAUUUUGUCCUUGGUGUUUAUUAUCGUUCUCUCAGGGUGGAACUUGUGGGGUGCGGUUGCAAAUAUUGUUCUCUGACUUGAAAUUUCAGGAGAGAAAUCCCUUCCCUCUUGCCAAGAAAGCACAGAAACUCCCUAAUAAUUUCCUUGCAGGAAUCAGGGACUGCCACUCACUUACACACUGGUUGCAUUCAGUGUGUUUCCCUUCGUCUGGCUGAUUUUCCUUUGCUUCCCUCCUUGCUCUUCAUCUGUUCUCUUUAUGAUGCCUAUAUUUUAUUGCACCAUGCACGCUCAUGCAUAAGUCGACCUCUUAUAACUCGAGAGGAGGUUUGGGGGCCAAAAUUAAGGAUUUUGAUAGGACUUGUUGAUAAAUUGAAAGUCUGAGGGGAAAGCACCAAUGUCUCCUCAUGGGGCCAGUCGCCACAUUUUGGAUAAAAGUUGCAGUACUUCCACUGACCCGUGGAUAAGUCGACUCAGUUUCCUUUUUGGACUAUAAUUUCUAGACUUAUACAUGAGUAUAUGCAGUGAUUAUCCCUUUCCUCUGAUACCUUUUGGCUCAUCCAGUUCCCCAACAUCUUAGUGAUACAUACACUGGGGUUUGUAUUUGCAAUUCUUCCAGUGGCAACCGCCCUAUACUUCCACCUCUCUCUCAAAGCUGGGAGCUGAAAGGGAGAGAUGACCAUGUAUUGGGCCCUCUCCUGUUGUGGAAAUUUGGCCCAACCCAAGAUGGCCCUUCGCCCUUUAAUCCUGUCCCCUCCCCCCCAUGCAUUUGGAGGCCUCCGCCAGUUACCCUCUUGCUGUGUGCUUUCCAAAGUUUUGUCAAAUAACAUUUUCUUAAUGUCUAACUCCUCAUGUGGAAGAUGGCCCACUGGCAGACAUUACUGUAGUAUCUUACUCUGAAUUAUUGAUUGUGCUUGCAACCUCUGUAUUUUGGAAAUGGGGCACUAACAUUGAUCUAUGGUCCUCUUGCAAUAGUGUGAUGGCUUCCCUACAUAAGGAGUGAGCCUGCAAGGAGGAGGCCAAAGCCCUGCAUCUUGGGUCCCAGUGGAGUUGCAAAUUUAGACAUGUGCAGCGUGUUUAUGCUUGUGUGCUUCUCUGAGAAGCGCUCAGGGAUCUAAGACCCAUGUGACAUCUUUGUUUAAUUGGUGGAAGCACAAAAUUAUAACCUCUGCAUUUCGGAAAUGGGGCACUAACAUGGAUGCAUGGUCCUCUUGCAAUGAUAUGAUGGCUUCCCUAGAUCAGGAGUGAGCCUGCAAGGAGGAAGCCAAAGUCCUGCAUCUUGGGCACCAGUGGAGUUGCCACUUUGGACGUGUCCUGCAUCAUUGGUAUUGGUGGAGCUGCAAAUUUAGACAUGUGCAGCGUGUUUAUGCUUUUGUGCUUCGCUGAGAAGCACUUAAGCAUCUAAGACCCAUGUGCCAUCUUUAAUUGGUGGAAGCACAAAAUCAUAACCUCUGCAUUUUGGAAAGGGGACACUAACAUGGAGGUAUGGUCCUCUUGCAAUGAUGUGAUGGCUUCCCUAGAUCAGGAGUGAGCCUGCAAGGAGGAGGCCGAAGUCCUGCAUCUUGGGCACUAGUGGAGUUGCAACUUCAGAUGUGUGCAGCGUGUUUAUGCUUUGCUGCUUUGCUGAGAAGCACUCAAGCAUCUUAGACCCAUGUGCCAUCUUUGUUUUAACUGGGUGGAAGAACAAAAUCACAACCUCUACAUUUUGGAAAGGGGACACUAACAUGGAUGCAUGGUCCUCUUGCAAUGAUGUGAUGGCUUCCCUAGAUCAGGAGUGAGCCUGCAAGAAGGAGGCAGAAGUCCUGCAUCUUGGGAACCAGUGGAGUUGCAACUUUAGACGUAUCCUGCAUCGUUGGUAUUGGUGGAACUGCAAAUUUAGACAUGUGCAGCGUGUUUAUGCUUUUGUGCUUUGCUGAGAAGCACUCAAAGAUCUAAGACCCAUGUGCCAUUUUUGUGUAACUGGGUGGAAGCACAAAAUCACAACCUCUGCAUUUUGGAAAGGGGACACUAACAUGGAUGCAUGGUCCUCUUGCAAUGAUGUGAUGGCUUCCCUAGAUCAGGAGCGAACUUGCAAGGAAAAGGCUGAAGUCCUGAAUCGUUGGUAUCAGUGGAGUUGCAACUUUAGAUCUAUGUGGCGUGUUGAUGCUUUUGUGCUUUACCGAGAAGCUCUCAAGGAUCUAAGACUCAUGUGCCGUCUUUGUUUAUUUGGUGGAAUGUGUUGUAAACUGUUCCUGUUCCCUUGACUUUUGGUGCAAACGUGGCUCGAACACAUCCUAGACCCUAAAGUGCCUUUAAGUAAUAUUAUGAGUGACUUGUAGUAUUUUGGUUGUGAAGGCAGAUUGGUGCUAACAUGAUGAGAGACAAAUGGCUCCUGUGGAAUAAAAGCUCUUGUUAGCGUCAUCCCAAUAUCACAGUCAGGAAUUUGGGGAGACAUUUCCCCCAAAAGGGAUUAAAUCAGGCAUGGGCCAACUUGGGCCCUCCAGGU